CCCAGCCGCAUCGGUUCACAAUGUUGAAGAAACAGUUUAAGUGUCUUUACGUCAUAGUACGACGUCUCGUAAUACCAGUUCUGGCUGCUACUCUAAUAUUCCUAGUCGUACUAUCCUCUAUCAAGGACCCUUCAAUUAUUUCGAAUGGAGCUUUCGGCUUACGUAUAUUAAAAGCGAAAUCGCUUUCAACUGAGAAUCUUAUUGAGAACAUACUAUAUUCGAGCUUGCAGCCACCGCCAGGACGCAGCAUUUUCUUUCAUGAGACCAGCUGCACUUCUCCAGAUGCGGUAUCCAACAUUAUGACUCUGACGGCUCGACAAGCCUGUUCCAUAGAAUCGGCUGCUCUGAAUAAUCCGAACUUCCAAAUUUUUACUGUAUUUUCGUGUCCGACCUUCCGUCCUCUUGUCGGUCGCCAAAAACUUCUCGUCGAUGCCAUCGAAAGCUAUGAGAACGUGAACUUACGUCACCUGAAUCUAAGGAACUAUGCUAUGAACACUUCUAUUGAAGAUUGGGUCAAAAGAGACGAUUUGUUUACCUCUAACUAUCCGGUGCAUCACACAUCUGACCUGCUCCGUCUCAUAAGUCUCUAUCGGUUUGGAGGCAUCUAUUUAGACAUGGAUAUUAUUGUCCUGACAAGCUUAGAGAAAUUGCCUCUGAACUAUGUGGGAGCUGAAUCUAUCGAUACCCUCUGCAGUGCUGUCAUUGGUUUAACAGCCGAUGGAAUAGGUCAUGAAGUUGCUGACUUAUUUUUACAGCAGUAUCAAAAAUAUUUCAAUGGAAAAAAUUAUGUACAAAAUGGGCCAACUCUCGUAACAGCCGUUCUGUUGAAAUUUUGUGGCACCAGCCUCAUGAAAGCCAUGGAAGGCGGUCGUAAGAGUUGCAAGGGAUUUCGAAUAUUCAAUUCGACUGCAUUCUAUUCAAUUCAUUGGCAAGAGUGGAGGCAUUUCACUGAGCCCAAGUAUCUGGAGGAAACCAUGGCAAGAACUAAGGAUUCGCUUAUGAUACACAUGUGGAACAAGCUGUCCAGCGGAGAGCGCAUCAAAGUCACUUCCAAUACUGCGUAUGUAAAGUAUGCGGAAAAGCACUGUCCCAGGACGUAUGCGGCUGCUGGGGAUUACUUUUAAUGUGUGUUAUUUAAAUAUGUUUUAA